AUGGGACGACCGACGCGGUGGCGUCGACGUCGCGGCGUCGUCGGCGUCGUCGUCGGCCUCGCGGUCGUCCUGGCGUGGGGCGGCGCUCGAGGACGACGGCGCGGACGCGACGUGGGGUGGGCGACGUUGGACGACCGCGGGCGGGAGGCGGGGGGGACGACGACGACGGGUGGGGCGGAGCCGAGCGAGUGCGCGCUCGAUCGCAUGCUCGAUCGAAAGGGGGGGGUGGUGUACGUCACGUACGUGAGCGAUGGGUUUCAUCAGUUCGCGCGCAAUUGGUUGCGACUGUUACGAAGGAGUCGAUCGAAGAGGACGAACGACGGAUUGAACGUCGUCAUGCUCGCCCUGGAUGAGAGCACGGAGAGGUACUGCGAGAAAUAUUCGAUGCCGUGCUUCGGGAGCGCGGAGUUGAGGUACAGUGGGGGGGUGAUGGCGACGGCGGGGACGGCGCUGCAUCGCGAAUCGGCGCAGCGCGAGGCCUCGAGCGUGGCGGAGGCGGCGAAAGCGCUUCGAGACAUCAAGACGCUCGAGGUCAAGCUCUUGGUCGACAUUCUCGAGCGUGGACACGAUGUGUUGGUGAGCGAUGCCGACGUGGCGUGGCUUAGAGACCCCGAGGAUUGGGUGCGAACAGCUUUGCGAGACGUGGAUGUGGCGGCGAGCACGGAUUGUCUGGACGUCAGCGCGGACGACGUGGGCGGGUGUUGGGGCGCGGCAGCGAACACAGGAAUUCUUUACUUCAGACCAACGGACGCGGCGAAGACGUUUUUAGGAAAUUGGAUCGCCGCCAUGGAUAAAGCGACGGACGAUAUGACCGAGAGAGACCAGGAAAUUUUCAACAACUUGCUCGUCGCCGACGCGUCGGGGGACACAAAGGUGACAGAAGGAGGUUCGAGCGUCAACGUGAGGGUGGUGAAGGGUGGUGUUCGAUUAGGAUCUUUGCCUAUGCGGUAUUUUGCCUCCGGUCAUACGUUUUUUGUAGAGCAAUUGCACAAGCACGAGGGAGAGAGCCAACAGCCGUUUUGUGUGCACGCCACGUUUCAGUUCUCUCAAGUGCACGGCAAACGUCAGAGAUUUCGUGAGCACGGGUUAUGGCUCAUAGAGAACGACGAUUACUACACGCAAGGAAACUUUAUUUCCAUGUCGGACGAUCUGCCGAGUAUUUGGAACAUCACUGGCGUGCACAAUCAUCUCCUGACCGCGGCGUGGUACCGCGCCUCGGUGCGCAACCUUCUGGCUCUCGGACGUAUCCUUAAUCGCACCGUCAUUCUACCUCGAUUCACGUGCAUGUGCGAUCGAUACUGGGGUCACGUGCUACCGUCGUGUAAGAUAGGUCACGUCGAACCUCCAUUCGUGGGAUGUCCGCAGGAUCAUAUCAUGAACUUGCCCGCCAUGGAGAACGGUGGGGUGGAUUUUCGAGAGUGGUCUUUCCUGAGCAAUUUGAGAACGCCAGACGCUCUUAGACGUAGUAUCGCCGCGGUCUCAACGGGGAACCGGGACUCAGGAGAUGUCAAGGCAAAAUACGCGCUUCCUGCGUUCGCGAUGGACACGGAUGUGCUCUCAACUUUAGCCAGUGCCCCAGAGAGGGUACUGGUGGUCGAUGGAGCGCUGACUUCGUUCUGUGCCUUCGAGAGUGCAACUUCCUCUCCUGCGGCGAAACAGUUCAAUUCUGACAUGGCAGUCGCGCUCAAAGCCGAGUCAUGGUUUUGUGGCCCCGAAGACGCGCGCGGAGUCAAGUGUGCCAUCGGAUUUCCCAUACCAAAGCCGACCACUGAGCUGCACAGCAAGUGCUCGGCGCUUCGCGCAAAGGCGACGGAACUCAGGUCGAGUCCGCACGAACUUCUCUCCAACUUCUUCGAUGAAUACGGGCACGACGAUAAGAAGAAUAAAUUCAUGUUCCCAAGCGAUCGCACUACCGCGUCUGCGAACGACAUUAGUACUGAGGAGAACCCGUUCGCGUCAGAUGACAAAUAG